GUAAUUAAUAUAGAGACUAUAACACCUAUUAAAUAAUACUUAUUUAACUGUUAUUUAAUGGUAAAAUCCAUCCAUAAGUAAGAAAUACCUUACGGAGAUUCGAUUUUAGAUUCUGAUUAGUAAUUUGUGUAGUAUAAUAACUAAAACCGCUGGUCGUAAUGAAUUUUAGUUUCGUAAAUUACUUACUACGAAUUAAUUAGGAAAUAUUAAUUAUAUUAUUAAUAGCUUUUUCAAUUUAAAAUGAAUAGAACUAAAAGUAUUAACUCCAAAACUGAGUGUAACCACGAGAGUGAUAUGAGUGCAAACGUGUACAAACUUAUUACCAAUGAGGAUAAACCACCAGAUAUAAAAUAUGAUAAAGAAAACUCGUGGAUCGCAGCAGUUCAAAUGUUUGUGUCUUUCCUUCUUGCUGGAUUCGGUAUGGUAGCAGCAAGCCUUCUCUUGGAUGUGGUUCAACACUGGGAAGUAUUUCAGAAGAUACCAGGUGUCUAUAUACUUGUACCAGCUCUCUUGGGACUUAAAGGAAAUUUAGAAAUGACUUUAGCAUCAAGAAUGUCAACGCAUGCUAACAUGGGCCACUUAAGUACCUGUUUAAAGCAGUUAGUUGUGGGCAACCUGUGCCUUAUACAGUGUCAAGCAGUGCUUGUUGGAUUCUUAGCAGCCAUGGCUGCUGUGGCAAUGGGCUGGAUACCUCAAGGCUUAUUUGAUAUUCACCAGGCUAUGCUGCUUUGUGCAUCAAGUGUACUUACUGCAUCAUUUGCAAGUUUUGUGCUUGGACUCAUUAUGAUUGGUGUUAUUGUAGUCUCCAAAAAAUUAAAUAUUAACCCAGAUAAUGUAGCUACACCAAUUGCUGCUAGUUUGGGUGAUUUAACAACUUUGGCACUGCUAUCAUGGAUUUCUUCAAUGUUAUAUCGAUCACUUGGCACAAGUCUUAUAUUGCCAUCUAUUAUUAUCAUUAUUGGGGCAAUUUUGGUCCCUGUUUGUGGAUAUGUUGCAUCUCAAAAUAAAUUUACUACUCAAGCUUUAGAUGAAGGAUGGGUUCCCGUUGUAUCAGGAAUGGUUAUAAGUAGCACUGGAGGUUUAAUAUUGGGUUACACAGUUUCAAAUUAUCAAGGUGUUGCUGUGUUUCAAUUAGUUAUUAAUGGUAUCGGUGGAAAUAUGGCUGCUGUACAUGCUUCUAGACUCUCAACAUUAUUUCACACUGGACAACAAGAGAAAUAUGUUAUAAGUAACACAACUAAAUUGUUGAUGUUGAUGGUGGUGCCUGGCCAACUUGUUUUUGUUUACACAAUUGCUUAUCUCAAAGCAGGUCAUACCUCUGUUACACCUAUAUUUAUUUUAAUUUAUGUGUGUGCAGCACUAUUGCAAGUAUUUCUUUUGUUGAUAAUAAGCCAUUAUUUGGUUGUGUGGAUGUGGAAAUUAGGGUUAGACCCAGAUAAUUCAGCUAUACCAUAUUUAACAGCUCUAGGUGAUUUACUUGGUACAGCGUUGCUUGGUGUGGCAUUUUAUAUUCUAUUUGCCAUAGGGGAUCAAGAUAGUGAUCUAGGUGACUGACAAUACAUUUUUAUAAAUAUAUACCUAAACUAAGACUGUUUAACAAUUUUACAAUAAUUAGUUUCAUCUACCUUUACAAUUGUCUAACAAUUUUGUUGUGAUGAAUGUACUUAUACUUGAUUCUUUUAAAGAAUACAUUAAGUGAAGCAGUGUAUGGGAUAUAUUAUAUCUAAAAACUGCAUGUCAAUUGUUUUAUAUCCUAUGCCUGCUGUUUUAUAAUAAAAAUAAUUUGUAUAAAUGUAUUGAGCUAAAAGUACUUUAUAUUGGUGCUAAUACUGUACUUUUGCAUAUCAUUAUUUUAUUAUUAAAUAUUUUUACAUAGAAAUUUAUUUCAUUUUUAAAAUUAAUUACUAUAGAACAAUUAUUUCUUCAGGCUGCUCCCUAUACUCUACUAAGUAUACAGUUAUAGAGAGCUUAUGUCCUCAUAUAAUAUGGUAACAUAAAAACAUCUUUUACACUGUACCUAUAGUUUAAAGCAGCUAAUAAAACCCCAAGGCAUUUUGUAAAUUAUUUUAUUGACUUAUCCUAACAUUUACUUGACCUCACGUAAUCUUCUGACAGCUGAACGACAGGAUGAUGCUGCAGUUGUAGAGAAAACCCAGGCCCCACC